AGACAGAGUGCAGAAGAAGACAUUUACAAAAUGGAUUAACCAACAUCUGCUGAAGGUACGGAAGCAUAUAAACGACCUGUAUGAAGAUUUGCGAGAUGGACAUAACCUGAUCUCACUGCUGGAGGUUUUGUCUGGAGACAAAUUGCCAAGGGAGCGUGAUUUUCUGAAGACAUUGCGGUUGGUGAGUGGGACAGACGCAUGUGCAGUUGAGCAGCAUGGCGACACGGUGGAUGAUGAUAAGGGGCCUCGGGAAAGGGGGAGGAUGCGCUUCCACAGACUCCAGAAUGUACAAAUAGCACUGGAUUAUUUAAAGAGGCGGCAGGUCAAACUUGUAAAUAUCAGGAACGAUGACAUCACAGAUGGGAACCCAAAACUGACCCUGGGACUGAUCUGGACCAUAAUUCUGCACUUUCAGAUCUCGGAGAUCCAUGUGACUGGAGAGUCCGAGGACAUGACGGCCAAGGAGAGGCUGCUGCUCUGGUCCAAGCAGAUGACAGACGGCUACGUAGGUGUACGAUGUGACAACUUCACGACCUCGUGGAGAGACGGGAGGCUGUUUAACGCUAUCAUUCAUAAAUACAGGCCAGACCUGAUUGACAUGAGUCGCGUAUCGACACAAACCAACCGCUCAAAUUUAGAGAAUGCAUUUUGUGUCGCGGAACAACUGGGAGUGGCCAGAUUGCUGGACCCUGAGGACGUAGAUGUUCAGGCUCCCGAUGAAAAGUCGGUUAUCACGUAUGUCUCAACACUGUACGACGCCUUCCCCAAAGUACCUGCCGGCGUCGAUGGAAUCAGUCCUAAUGAUGUGGAUAUCAAAUGGGUGGAGUACCAGAACAUGAUCAAAUACCUCAGCCAGUGGAUCAAACACAACGUGGCCAUGAUGUCAGAUAGAUCAUUCCCCAACAAUCCUGUGGAACUCAAGGCACUUUAUACACAGUAUCUGCAGUUUAAAGAAAAUGAAAUCCCACUGAAAGAGAACGAGAAGACAAAGAUCAAAAAUCUCUACAAAAUGCUUGAGGUGUGGAUCGAGUUUGGACGUAUUCACUUACCCCCGGGUCAUCAUCCCAAUGAUGUGGAGAAGGAAUGGGGUAAACUGAUUGUUGCCAUGCUCGAAAGGGAGAAGUGCCUGAGGCCUGAGGUGGAAAGGCUUGAGAUGUUGCAGCAAAUCGCCAACAGGGUCCAGCGAGACUGCGUUAAUGGAGACGACAAGCUGACAUUGGCACGGAUAGCCCUACAGUCUGAUGCAAAACGUCUUGAGUCUGGAAUUCAGUUUCUACACGAGGCUGAGAUCGCUGGUUACUUGUUAGAGUGUGAAAACAUCCUCAGACAACAGGUGAUGGACAUCCAACUUCUCCUGGAUGGAAAAUUCCCCUUUGCAGAUCAACUAGUCCAAAGGGUUUCAAAACUUCGGGAUGACCUGCUAAGUCUGCGAGCUGAGUGUUCCUCUGUGUACAGCAAAGGCCGAACACUGACAACAGAGCAAACCAAAAUUAUGAUCUCAGGCAUUACACAAAGCCUGAACUCUGGCUUCUCCCAGAACUUUGGCACAAACCUGACACCGGCCCUCACUCCCGCAAUCACCCCAGGAGGUCUGAGUACUCCUGGGUCCACAUUCACCUCCAGCCUUACACCAUCCUUGACCCCUGCCUUGACCCCUGGCCUGCAGCCGUCUUCAGUCCAGAGCUACAUGGGUAGUGGGGGUGUCAUGGACCCUGGCAGCCUCAGGCAGUUGAAACACAUGCAGAUCCGCAAGCCCUUACAGAAAUCCUCAUUGGCAGACUCCAACAUGACAGAAGAGGAGGUCAACAUGAAAUAUGUUCAGGACCUCCUGGUCUGGGUGGAAGAGAUGCAAGUGCAGCUGGACCGUUCUGAGUGGGGAUCUGAUUUACCAAGUGUGGAAACACAUUUAGAGACUCACAAAAGUGUCCAACGAGCCAUUGAAGAAUUUCAAAUUAGUCUUAAAGAUGCCAGACUGAGUGAAAUUCAGAUGACUAUUCCUCUGAAACUGACGUAUUCAGACAAACUGAACAAACUAGAAAAACAGUAUGAAAGACUAUUGAGCUGUUCAAGAGAGCGACAAAGCAACCUGGAGAGCCUGUACGACUUUGUGUCACAUGCCACACAGGAGCUCAUCUGGCUGAAUGAGAAGGAGGAAGAAGAGGUCGCCUUUGAUUGGAGUGAUCGCAACAGCAACGUCUCCAAGAAAAGAGACUACCAUGCUGAGCUGAUGAUGGAGCUGGAGGAGAAGGAGGAAGCGAUCAAGUCGGUGCAGGAUAAGGCAGAACGCCUCAUGUUCAAGAACCACCCGGCCAAGAUAACUAUAGAAGCAUACAGAGCUGCCAUGCAGACACAGUGGAGCUGGAUUUUACAACUGUGCUCAUGUGUAGAACAGCAUCUGAAGGAGAAUGCUGUUUAUUUUGAGUUUUUUAGCGACGCCAAAGAGUCCAUGGACUACCUUAGGAACCUGCAGGAGUCCAUUCAAAGGAAAUACAGCUGUGAUCGAUCAAGCAGCCUACACAGACUGGAGGACCUAAUUCAGGAGUCCAUGGAUGAGAAAGAGCAGCUCCUUCAGUACCGCAGCACUGUAGCUGGUUUAGUGGGCAGGGCUAAAAAUAUUGUGCAGCUCAGACCCAGGAACCCCGAAAGCCCCGUGAGAUCCUCCCUCCCCGUAAAAGCCAUCUGUGAUUAUCGUCAAAUAGAGAUCACCAUUUACAAAGAUGAUGAGUGCAUAUUGGCCAAUAACUCUCACCGAGCCAAGUGGAAAGUCAUCAACCCUGCAGGGAAUGAGGCCAUGGUGCCGUCUGUGUGUUUCACUGUGCCGCCCCCCAACAAAGAGGCUGUUGAGAAGGCAACAAGAACGGAGCAGUUAUACCAGGAUGUCCUGGCCCUGUGGCACCACUCACACAUCAACAUGAAGAGUGUGGUCUCUUGGCAUUAUCUAAUGGCUGACAUACGAGCCAUCCGCAACUGGAAUGUGGCCUCAAUAAAGACCAUGUUACCUGGUGAGCAUCAGCAGGUCUUGAGCAACCUGCAGUCCCACUUCGACGAAUUCCUGGAUGACAGCAAGGAGUCUGAGGUGUUCACGUUGGCGGACCGCACCCAGCUGGAGAGAGACGUCGCGGCCUGCAAGGAAUACUACCAGGAACUGCUGAGAUCUGCAGAGAGAGAGGAACAUGAGGAAUUGGUGUACAAUAAUUACAUCUCCGAAAUACGCAACUUCCGCAUGCAUCUGGAGGCCCACGAAGAACACCUGAUCAGGCAAAUCCGCACACCGCUGGAGAGGGACGACCUGGAGCAGAGUCUCCAGCGCAUCACAGAGCACGGGAGGAAGACCGCAGAGCUGAACAAACUGAAGGAGGAUCUUGAUGUCAUGAAGGAGAAGUGUGAGCUGUUCCUCAGACAAGCCGCAGUUUCCCCGUCUGUACCGACGCUUUCCUCUGAACUCACGGUCCUUAUUCAGAGCAUGAGCCAAGUGUACUCCAUGUCAUCCAUUUAUAUGGACAAACUGAAAACCGUGAGCUUAGUGGUGAAGCACAGCCAGAGUGCAGAGGCGCUGGUCAAGUUUUAUGAAUCCAAACUGUAUGUGGAAGACGCCAUGAACUCGGAUGUCAAAUCCAUUGAGACUGUCAUUUCAACUCUUAAGCAAUGGCGGACAGAGAUUGACGAGAAACAAGAGGUGUUCCAUGACAUGGAGGAUGAGCUCAAGAGGGCUCGACUAAUCAGUGACCGCAUGUUCAAGGCCCACAACGAGCGCGACUUUGACCUCGACUGGCACAAGGAAAAAGCUGAUCAGCUGAGCGAACGGUGGCAGAACAUUCACUCCCAGAUUGACAGCAGGCUUCGGGACCUGGACGGUAUCAACAAGUCUCUGAAGAACUAUAGAGACACUUACAGUUGUCUUGAUGAAUGGGUUAGAGAAAUGGAAGCAGCACAGCUAAAGGCCCAAGAAAACAAACCUGAAGACAGCAAGGCACUGGCUGAGCUGUUAAACAAACAGAAGGUCCUUGUCGCUGAAAUUGAACAAAAACAGAGCAGAAUUGAUGAAUGUCAGAAGUACUCGGAGCAGUACUCUUCUGCCAUUAAGGAUUAUGAACUUCAGCUGAUGACCUUCAGUGCAAUGGUUGACUCCCAACACAAAUCUCCACUGAAGAAACGGAGGAUGCAGAGCUCUUCUGAUGCCAUUCAGCAGGAGUUCAUGGAUCUCCGAACCCGCUACACUGCUCUUGUCACUCUAAUGACUCAGUAUGUGAAGUUUGCCAGCGAAACACUGAAGAGGACUGAAGACGAAGAGAACAGGAAAACUUUUGAACAAGGAGAGAAUAUAAAAAGGAAAGAGUGCAUGGAGCUCCAAAAAUCUGCAUGUGAAGUAGAGAUUAGUCAACUAAAACAACGGAUCCACGAACAAGAGGCGAUGCUGGCUGAAAGACAAGCACGGCUGGAAAAGCUGAACGGAGAAGUAGAGAUGCAACAGAAGACUAUUGACGACCUGAGCUUUCAGAAAUCACACCUUGAACAUGACGUUCAUCAGUUUCGCACCAAAUUAGAGAUAGCUUUCAAAGACAAAGCUGCCGGUGAGCAGGAGUUAAUUCACACAAAGCUGUUAAUUGAGCAGGCCGAGGCCAAGUGGUCUUUGGCUCAGAGUAAACUAGAGGAUUUAAAGAAGCAGAGCCCCGAACUUCAGAGAAAAACAAACCCAGAGACAGAUACUGAGGAAAACGUGCAAAGUCAAGUCCAGGCUGAAGCAAACGAUCACAGUCAGCUGAUAAUUGAGUCACCUGCACGUGUAGAAGACGAUAACAUGAGAGGCCAUGUCCUGCAGCAGAAACUAGAGGAAUUAGACCUGGUUCAUAGAAGAGCAGACAUGGCUGAGGAGAAAGCCCAAAGUUACAAGAAACUAUUGGAUGACAGUAAUAACAGACUAAAGAAGCUUCAGGUGGACAUGGAAACUGAGAGGAUCAACACGAGGCAGAAAUCAGACGAGUUUCAGCAAGAAACACUUAACCUGAAGAAAGCCGUCGAUGAUCUUCAAGAGGAAAUCAAGUCUCUUCAAAGAGCAAAGUCCUCACUGGAACAAACCACUUUCUUCCAAAGCACAGAAGUCGAGGGCCUUAAAGAGCAGUUGAAGGUCACCCAAGGAGAACUGCACAAGAAAGUUUUCACGGACCAGGAUAACAUUUACAAGAUAAACAACUUAGAAGAAGAGGUCUCUUCCAAGCAGGCAGUAAUAGAUCAGCUGAAAUUUAAAUGCAGUGAGCUGACCAUGAUUAAUGUCUCCUCUGUUAGUGAUAUUAGAGAUCUUCAGAUCCAGACUGAGUCACUGGGGAAAGAGAAAUCACUUUAUGAGAAAAAGGUGAGGUCUUUGAAGAGUGAGAUUGAGAGCUGGAAGCAGAUGCUUGAAACAGCUGAAGAGGAAAAUACCUCAUUUAAGAAAGCUGAGCAGGCGUUGAAACUAAAAUAUAAAAACCUUGAAGCAGAGGUUGAAAGCAAGGAAUUAGUUGCAUCACAACUGCAAAGGAAAGUAGAGGAGUUAAAACAGGUGAACACGGAGGUGGAAAUGAAUUUGAAGAACGUGAAAGAUAAUCUUGAUCUGAUGACGGUCGAAAUUGACAGCAAGGAUCAGCAAAUUGAAAUCUUCAAGUGUCAGGUAGAGGCCACCAAAUCACAGUUCAGAAUUAUUGAGGAGGAACUAAAUAAGAAAUCCCAAUCCGUGCAUGAGCUUCAAAUGAAGCUACAGGAUUACAGUGAGGAGUUAAGGAAAAUGACUGAACUGAAGCACAAAACAGAAACACGGAGUUCAGAUAUGGCCAAUUAUGGGAAAGAAAUAACGAGUCUGAAAUUGGAGCAGAACUUUUUGACUGCUGAGAGGGAUUUGGUCAAUCAAAAAGUAAACCGACAAGACGCUGAAAUUAAUGAACUGAACCUGAUGUUGAAGAAAACCAAUGCAGAGCUGCAAAAAGAAUCGGCUGAUAAUCAAAAACAUAUCAACAAAAUCAAGGCUUUAGAAAAAGAACUUUUCAAUCAUAAACACAGUAUUAAAGAUUUAAACAGCAGUUCAGAAAAAGUGACGGAAAAUCUAAAGCAGGAGAUUAAUGCUCUUCAGAAUGACAAGAAAGCAGCAGAGAGGAAAGUAGAGAACUUGAAUGUCAGACUCUCAGAGUUGAGCUCUUCUCUCCUCAAAACUAAGGAUGAACUGGCCAAAGAGACUAAAGACAGACAAGUUAAAGAAUCCAAAAUACUUCAGCUGGAGAGUGAGCUUCAAAAAAAUAAAGUGAAUAUCAAAGAAGCAAUCACGAAUCCUGACAAAUUCCAAUCAAAUCUGCAACAUGAGAAUACAAUCCUUAACAGGGAGAAAGCUGAGGCACUUGAGAAAAACACAUCACUGGAGUUAGAAAUCAGAAUGCUGAAGCAAAACCUAAAAAGUUCCGAAACCGAAGUUGAGCAAAAGCAAAGAGAAAACUCAGUCGUUCAGCUGAAGUCCCAGCAGAUGGAAGAACAGCUGGACAAGUGCAAGAAAAUGCUCGAUGAGUUGAAGAGCAAACUGCAGCUUCAGAAAGACGGCUAUGAGAGGCAGCUGAUGCUAGUGCAGAAGGAAAUAGAGAAGAAACUCAUUUUACUGCAGUCUCAAAUCUCAAAUGACAACGAGACGUCAAAACCAAAUUCCCUUAGCGCUGAAUUAGCAGAAAUGCUCAACAAGUAUUUAAAACAAGAAGUCUUGCAUCAGACCACAGUGGAAUCAAAGCAACAGACGGACCAACCACUGCAAGUGCAGUUCAAAAUAGACAAACUGCAGCAGGACAAAACCAAGCUCACUCACGACUUGUCACAGGCAAAAUCACAGAUUACCCAGCUCGAGGAGGAGAGACUUAAACUCAGUUUGAAAAUAAGUGCUUUACAAAGCCUUUGCAAUGAGAAGUCAAAUGAGAAGACAAAGUUUAAACCGCUGUCGGCAGACAGUGAGUGCAAACCGACACUAAGGGAGAGUGAAGAGCCUCUGACACUGGGAGUUGGGGUUAAGACCGAAAACCAGAAGAUGAACAAACAGGAAGUCAACGAAACAAGUCGUCAGCAUGUGAAAGACAACACGGCUGCCUCCUUGAAAACAGAAGCGAAAGGGAUUCAGAAGACGGCAUCGUCAUGUGAAGGCGGGAAAUGCAGAACAGAGGAUGAGUUUUUCAAAAUGAAAAUGUCUUCCGAGAUGACAACAGUGGAGAAAGAAAACAGUCUUGAUGAUCUGAAACAAGACAAACGAGACAAAACUGAAGUCAAUCCCAGCCAAAUCCUUCAUGGGUCUACAACAAAGAGAGCUUUGCAAAAUGUGAGCCAAAUUAUCCCCGACGGGCACAUGACCACAACGACACAUGGAUACAUGGCUCUCUGUGGACAAACGGAUCAAGGGCAGCACAAAACCCAGCGUGUCACCAAAACAAGAAUAUAUCAGAUCAGUGAAACUGUAAACAUUUCAGAGAAAAGUGCAGCAGACAGUGAUGGAAAGCAGACUCUGAUAUAUUCAACUCCCCAGAAGCUAACAGAACUCAAAGGUGGCACAGCCGAUCAAAUUCCAGUCACAUCUAAGAUCUUUGAUGAUGCUCAAUACGUCGGUAAACCAACUGCCAUUGCUGGAGUUUAUGUGGAAUCAAGUAAGAAAAAGAUAACCUUCCUCGAGGCUGCUGAAAAGGGCUUUUUAGCAAAGACCUAUGCAUUUGAGUUUCUUGAAGCUCAGGUGGCUACAGGAAGCCUUACAGAUUUGGCCACAGGACAGACUCUCUCAGUUGCUGAGGCUCUGGAGAGAGGUGUCAUAGAGACCGGCAUGAGCGAUAAACUCAUAGAGGCUGAGAAAGCUGUUAGAGGCUACAUCCACGCUGGCAAAAAGCUGUCAGUGUUUCAGGCAAUGGAGGAAAGACUUCUUGAUCGAUACAGGGGCAAGAAGAUCCUUGAAGUCCAGGUUUCCACUGGAGGACUCAUCAACCCAGGUGUGGGUGUCACGGUGUCGGCUAGCAAUGCUGUCGAUCAAGGUCUUUUGAACAAGGAGACUCUAAAGAGUCUGUAUGAUCCCGUCAGUAACCCUAAAGGUUUUCACAACCCUGACACUGGACAGAAAGCAUACUACUGUGAAAUACUCAAGAAAUGCGUGUAUGACAUUGAUGGUGGUGUGUUUCUUUUUCCAUUCGGGGAGAGACGUCUAACAGACACUUCUCCCACGAGUUCUCAUAGAAUGUCUGUCGUCAGCAGCAGUCGUGGAAUUGAAAUGUCAACGUAUGAAGCAUUCAAGGCGAAACACGUUGACAAGAGGAUGUAUCUGUUUCUGGCACAGCAGGAAAGUGAAUGGCAGGAAAAGUCCGUAGUUGACACUAGUGGAAGCCCACUGCACAUUAUCACUGAUGUCAAAAGUGGCAGACAGCUUUGUCUGGAAUCUGCUCUGAAUCAGAGGUUCCUUGAAGCGUCUGAGCUUGACAGCUAUUGCAGCGGGCGUCUUAGCAUCUAUGAGCUUGCAGACCUUAUAUUUUCCAGAAUGGUCGUUAUUGAGGAUGUUAACAGCCCCAUUGCUGGUCUCUGGGAUGUAGCUCAGAGGAAGAGACUGUCCGUUCUUCAGGGUUUCCAGCAGGGAUUUACUGAUAGAACCACUGCCUUAAGACUGUUGGAGGCCCAGGCCUGCACUGGAGGUAUUUGUGAUCCCUCUUCAGGGGACAAAGUUACAAUAUCUGAGGCUCUCAAAAGAGGUCUGGUAGAUGAGGCCCUGAAACAGCAGCUCCAACAGUUUGAGCAAGCAUUUAAUGGCAUUGUUCACCCCAGUUCUGCAAAGACUUUGUCUAUUUCCCAGGCUCUGCAAGAAAAACUCUUGCCCAAGGAUGUUGGUUUUCGCUGUGUUGAGUAUCAGCUCCUGACUGGAGGAUUGAUAAAUCCUGAUACUCAGGAUAGAGUCUCACUGGAGGAGGUCAUUCAGAGUGGCCUUGUUGACAAAGCAACUGCCUCUGUGCUCAAGGAUGAGAAGUUUCACACUAGAAGUCUCACUUGUCCGAAGACCAAGAGAAGAAUCACAUUCAAAGAGGCUCUUGAAAGAAGUGUGUUUGACUGCCACACAGGGCUAAGACUACUGGAGGCUUCAAAAGUUCUUGGUUCUGCAGCCAAAUCAGCAUUCCUCUAUGCUUGUGCAUUUAACCAAUAAACAAUUGCAAACAUGUUCGUCCAAAACCUUUGCAAAUAGGAAUUUCUUUGAUUUUUCCUUUUUUCACAGUCGUACGCUUUCUUUUAUGGUUUACACAUAUUUGAUGCAACUGACGAUGGUUCAAUGUUUUAGUCUGAUUAUAAAUGUAGUACAUCAGCGCCCCUCCCUUGUAAAGGUUCCCACAUUGAGUAACAAUCUUGUUGAAAACCCAUCUGCUUUGAUUGUAGAGAUCUGUUGAUGAGGAGAAGAGAGAGCACGGUGAUAAAGUUAGCAAACUAUUGCACUGGACGAAACAG